CGCCGAGCGUGAUGGUUGCGGUUUGCGGUGUCUCACCAAGUAUGGUCGUUAGACAGCCGAAUGUCUCCCUAUUCGAAGGGUCCCAGAACUUGGAUGUUGGUACUGUGGUAAUUGACGAACGAUGCUUUACAUGGGAAGGUCAGUCACGCCAGUUCAGCGUACCAUACCAACAGAUUACUCUUCACGCGAUUUCGAAAGAUCCUGUCAUGGCUGCUGGAGACCAACCGGCACCUGAAAACACGUUUCCUCAUCCGCACCUGCUUGUCAUGAUCGAUGGAGACCGACCAUACAGCCCUCCACACCCGAAUGGGCAAAUUGCUGGCGAACCGAUGGCGAUUGAUGGGGCUGAACACUCUGACACAGACGGCUCUAACGAGAGUCAGGAAGAUGCCACUUCCCAGGGUCGUGCUUCGGACUGUCCGGGAGAGACUACAAUUCUCCGUUUCGUGCCCCAGGAUCCAAAUGCAUUGGAUACGAUGUAUGCGGCUCUUGCGGAAUGCCAAGCACUUAAUCCGGAUUCGACGGACAACUCAUCAACAUCUGAUGUGGAAGACGAUGGGGACGAUUUUUGCUUCCUUCCGGACAUUGACAGUUUGGACUCAGAUCAGUACGCGGAUGACUAACGUGCAUUUAUGUACAUUUUUAUCUACACAAAUAUAUGAAGAAACCGAU